AUGGCAGGUCCCAGUGUCCAUGGGGACUUUCUACGACAUGCCGUCCUCGAGACCGUGGUCCCCCAUAAUCCAAAUGUCGACAUUGAGGCAGCUUUGACGUCUGCGCUUGAAGACGGCGCUGAAGACCUUGACGCUGUUUUGGCAGCGAUUCCACAGCGCUCAUUGCUAUUCUUUGAUGAGACCGUUACCGUACGUGUUGUAUUGAGGCUAUCGAACUGCUCCGAAAAUGAAUUGAAAGCCCAUUUACCGCGACUAGAACUUGGUGUGAAUGCGCUUGUCUUCAAUCCGACGCCACCCGGUCCAGAAGAUCCAGCUCCGGCAAAAGAUGUGGUAUUCGCAGGAAACGUGAAUAACAAGGAAGACCCAUUGGUUGUGGUCAAUGUGUUUGAAGGAGACAAAGGUAGCGGGAACCAUGUAUAUGUCAUAUGGAAAGUCGAUGCUUUUCUUCAUCGCCCCCGAAUUCGCAUACAACAUCCAUGCAUUGCAUUCUCUGCCGCGGCUUCGUUGAAUGCAGCAGACACCUCCGAUCAGUCAUUUCACACAGAUGAAUAUCUUCCACGUACAGUGCCGGCCUCUGCCAAUGUCUUAGAGGCACUGUCCUCAGAUCCCGCCCUCAAGUCGACCGCCCCCUACCUUCCCGCAUCCCGGCUACUACGUGUUAUUCCUGCUGCGCAGAAAGAAGCGCCCGUUUACAAUUUAUGGCAACAAAGUCAACAUCCUAUACGCAUUGUACCAGCGGCAAGUGCAAGAAUACGGUGUUCCAAACUCAAUACUUUUUCUAGCCGGCCUAUUACGAUCGCUAGCCUCGACCUGGAGGUAACGCCAUUUCUAAGCUGCGACGUCGUCUUUGACAAGGCAGAGGUCAUUCUAUCGGAUGGACAGGUCGAAAAUAUAUCCGGGGUGCCGGAACUCCAACCUCCCAUCACAUUACGGCCCAGAGAUGAUGUUACCUUGAUCUAUAAACUUAUCCCCGAAUACGGUCCGGAUGCAUAUUUUUCCACAACAGCCCUUGUCAGUACACUCGAUAUCUCACUAGAAGGAGUCAUCAAACUCACAGAGGAAUGUCAACCACGGAUUUUCAUGCAAUGGCGGACAAACGUCGAUUUCUCUAUUCCCUUGAAUCCUACUUUUGGGGGACCCAGUCAGGUCAUGCAGCGCAACAACCGUCCUACAAGUUUGUCCAUGGCUGCUGGACAAAGCGGGACGCCAUCUACAGGCGCAGUGAAUCGAAGUUCCUACAGAGAAAGGGCUCAUUCUUUUGCUCAAGGAGGAGUUACCAUCUCAUUUUCCGGGCCCGUCAAUGUCGAGAUUGGAAAGCCUUUCCAAUGGGAUAUUUUUGUUGUUAACCGCUCUCGUGCUCCUCGAAAGUUUACUAUGACGGCAAUCCCUCGGAGAAAAAGGGUAGACUUUCGCCGACAUGUAACUCGAACAUCCUCAUCCUCGAUCUCCAGCAAAAAAGACAAGAAAGAUGAAGAGCUAGCAGAGGCUGUCACGGAUGAAAACAUUAUCCAUGCUAUGCAAAAGCAUGCAGCGGAUCAGGAUGCAGAAUUGGUUUGUUUGAGCACCGAUUUGCGGCUGGGGCCACUUCUUCCUGGCACGUGCCAUUCUACCGAAAUUAUCCUCCUCCCUCUAGCGACGGGCGCACUCCAUCUGGAGGCAGUUCGACUUGUUGAUAUGAACACGAAUGAGACGAUAGACAUUAGAGACCUUCCCGACAUUGUGGCGGUGAAUUAG